AGCUUAAGCUGAGAGUCCGUGACUGGCCCAAAGUCAUGCAGUGAGCUUCAUGGCCAAGUGGGGACCAGAGCAUGGAUUUCCUAAGUCCCAGUCCAGCACUCCAACCACUUCAUCGCACUGGCUACAUUCCUGUCUCACCUGAUAUGCAGUGUGGCCAUAGAAAAGUACCAGCUUCUUCUCUCCUCCAGUGGGAUCUGAAACAGAAAGCCAGGAUCUGACAGUGUGCCACAACAGGUGCCUGCAGCAUUGACAAGCCCUUGUGAGCAUAUGGCAACCUUCCCAGAAGACCUGCCCCUGCCGGGCACAUGGAAACAGAAGCUUGAGCGUCUAAUGUUGUCAUAGCAGUGAAAUUCCAGAUCUAUUCUCCACUGCAGUCUCCAAUGAGGAGUGCAGUUCUGUUUCUUCUGCUCCAGGCACCAGAGGAUGGAGGAUGGAACCAAAGGGCUUCAGCGGAGCCCCGUUUUGGAGCCAAACAGCCAGAUUUGACGUGUCAGCAGUUUAUCCAGAUGUCAAGAAGCCCAAUACCUUUCUGCAGGCUCCAUACUCCAAGGUCAUCUGUUCAGACUUGAAUCGAAAAUUAGGACCAGGCACCUACAGAACGGACUAUGGCGGGUUCAGUUCUACAGACUGGGAAAAAAGGAGGUCAACGUCUAGUUGGGCAAAGGCACAAGAGGCAACCAGACUCACCCAAAUGCCGCAUUUUAAUUUUAAGGAUAUCUUCCACAGAGAAAAGGCUCUGAAAGAAAAACUGGGCCCUGGAACUUACAACCACACAGAUUUUCUGGAACUCCAAAAAAGACGGCCAUGCAGUAUUAGAGGAAUAUGUGAUACUGGAGAAGUGAGAUUCAAAGAUCAUAUCAGGGAAUGUUACCCUGGCCCAGGAACUUACGGGAAUCCUUACGCCUUGCUUGAAGAAAAAGAAAAACGUUCUGUGACUGCGCUUGGAAUAAUGGACAGCAAAACAACAAAAUAUUUUGCCUUUCCCCAUACGGGAAGUGGUUUGGGCCCGGGGACCUACAAUCACAAAAACAGUGUGGACGAGAUGCUCAAACGAGUGGUCAGCACAAGAGGUCCCUAUGAAAUCUUCACAGGAGACAGGUCCAAGCCUAUUAUUUGUGGGCAUUACGCUACUGACAAAAAAUCUGUUGAGCUGAGCAGCAUCAAUGUAAAGAGUUUCCUGGAAGAACUGAACACAAAGGAGAAAAAGAGGCAUGGCGUUUUCAGUACCCUUGCACGGAAUCCUGGCUGCCCAAGUGAACGGAUCUUCUGGGCCACUGUUGGUCAGUGUCCACGUGAACAAUACAAAGCAGGGCCAGGGUCAUAUGACAUAAAGCAUAUUAAGAGAACAGAAUAUGAAAAUCAACCACCAUUCUGGAUUGGUGCAAAAAGAUUUGACAGAAAAGCAUACCGUCUCUUUUUUGGAAAUGCAAAUCCAGUUGGAGUUGGCCGCUAUGAUACCACAAAGCAUGAGAAAUACCCAAAGAAAACCAGAUACCGUUCACUUUAUAUGAAUGAUGCACAGCGUUACCUUAGUAACCUGGAAAGGGACAAGUGCUUACAGGAGCGAAUCACACCUGUUAAUAAAGGCCACUGGAAGUACCCAGCAUCUGCCUGAGCAGUCCUUGUUGCUUCUUGAAGCAAGACGUGUUUCAGCCAUCAGGCAUUUGCUUUUAUGGAAAAUUCUGCCACCAUUAACUGCAUGAAGAGAACAUUGAUCCCUAAACAUCUGCUUCACUGAAAUAA